AUGGCACAAUCAGUGCUGGUACCGCCAGGACCUGACAGCUUCCGCUUCUUUACCAGGGAAUCCCUUGCUGCUAUUGAGCAACGCAUUGCAGAAGAGAAAGCUAAGAGACCCAAACAAGAACGCAAGGAUGAAGAUGAUGAAAAUGGCCCAAAGCCAAAUAGUGACUUGGAAGCAGGAAAAUCCCUUCCAUUUAUUUAUGGAGACAUUCCUCCAGAGAUGGUGUCAGAGCCCCUGGAGGACCUGGACCCCUACUAUAUCAAUAAGAAAACGUUUAUAGUAUUGAAUAAAGGGAAAGCAAUCUCUCGAUUCAGUGCCACCCCUGCCCUGUACAUUUUAACUCCCUUCAACCCUAUUAGAAAAUUAGCUAUUAAGAUUUUGGUACAUUCUUUAUUCAAUGUGCUCAUUAUGUGCACUAUUCUUACCAACUGUGUAUUUAUGACCAUGAGUAAUCCUCCAGACUGGACAAAGAAUGUGGAGUACACCUUUACAGGAAUUUACACUUUUGAAUCACUUAUAAAAAUACUUGCAAGGGGCUUUUGUUUAGAAGAUUUCACAUUUCUACGGGAUCCGUGGAAUUGGUUGGAUUUCACAGUCAUUACUUUUGCAUAUGUGACAGAGUUUGUGGACCUGGGCAAUGUCUCAGCGUUGAGAACAUUCAGAGUUCUCCGAGCACUGAAAACAAUUUCAGUCAUUCCAGGCCUGAAGACCAUCGUGGGCGCCCUAAUCCAGUCAGUGAAGAAGCUCUCAGAUGUAAUGAUCCUGACUGUGUUCUGUCUGAGCGUGUUUGCACUAAUAGGAUUACAGCUGUUUAUGGGCAACCUGCGAAACAAAUGUUUGCAAUGGCCCCCAGAUAAUUCUUCCUUUGAAAUAAACAUCACUUCCUUCUUUAAUAACUCAUUGGAUGGGAAUGUUACCACUUUCAAUAGGACAGUGAGCAUGUUUAACUGGGAUGAAUAUAUUGAAGAUAAAAGUCACUUCUAUUUUUUGGAAGGGCAAAAUGAUGCUCUGCUUUGUGGCAACAGCUCAGAUGCAGGCCAGUGUCCAGAAGGAUACAUCUGUGUGAAGGCUGGUAGAAACCCCAACUAUGGCUACACAAGCUUCGACACCUUUAGCUGGGCUUUCUUGUCCUUAUUUCGUCUUAUGACUCAAGACUUCUGGGAAAACCUUUAUCAACUGACAUUACGUGCUGCUGGGAAAACAUACAUGAUAUUUUUUGUGCUAGUCAUUUUCUUGGGCUCAUUCUACCUUAUAAAUUUAAUCCUGGCUGUGGUGGCCAUGGCCUAUGAGGAACAGAAUCAGGCAACGCUGGAAGAGGCUGAACAGAAGGAAGCUGAAUUUCAGCAGAUGCUUGAACAAUUAAAAAAGCAACAAGAAGAAGCUCAGGCAGCAGCUGCAGCAGCAUCUGCUGAAUCAAGAGACUUCAGUGGUGCUGGUGGGAUAGGGGUUUUCUCAGAAAGUUCUUCAGUAGCAUCAAAGUUGAGCUCCAAGAGUGAAAAAGAGCUGAAAAACAGACGGAAGAAAAAGAAACAGAAAGAACAGUCUGGAGAAGAAGAGAAGGAAGAUGGGGUCCACAAAUCUGAAUCUGAAGACAGCAUAAGAAGAAAAGGUUUCCGUUUUUCCUUAGAAGGAAGCAGGCUGACAUAUGAAAAGAGGUUUUCCUCUCCACACCAGUCUUUAUUGAGCAUCCGUGGCUCCCUUUUCUCUCCAAGACGCAACAGUAGGGCGAGCCUUUUCAGCUUCAGAGGUCGAGCCAAGGAUAUUGGCUCUGAGAAUGACUUUGCCGAUGAUGAGCACAGCACCUUCGAAGACAAUGACAGCAGAAGGGACUCUCUGUUUGUGCCGCACAGACACGGGGAGCGACGCCCCAGCAACGUCAGCCAGGCCAGCCGCGCCUCCAGGGUGCUCCCCGUUCUGCCCGUGAACGGGAAGAUGCACAGUGCUGUGGAUUGCAACGGCGUGGUCUCCCUCGUCGGGGGCCCUUCUGCUCUCACAUCUCCCGCUGGACAGCUCCUGCCAGAGGUGAGGCCAGUGAAACCUGCAGCUUUUGAUAGUGGCACGACUACUGAAACGGAAAUAAGAAAGAGACGGUCCAGUUCUUAUCAUGUUUCCAUGGAUCUGUUGGAAGAUCCUACAGCAAAGCAAAGAGCAACGAGUAUGGCUAGUAUUUUGACCAACACCAUGGAAGAACUUGAAGAAUCCAGACAGAAAUGCCCACCCUGCUGGUAUAAAUUUGCUAACAUGUGUUUGAUUUGGGACUGCUGUAAGCCAUGGUUAAAGGUGAAACAUCUCGUCAACUUGGUUGUGAUGGACCCUUUUGUUGACCUGGCCAUCACCAUCUGCAUUGUCUUAAAUACCCUCUUCAUGGCCAUGGAGCACUAUCCCAUGACGGAGCAGUUUAGCAGUGUGCUGUCAGUCGGGAACCUGGUCUUCACUGGGAUCUUCACAGCAGAAAUGUUUCUAAAGAUAAUUGCCAUGGAUCCAUAUUAUUACUUUCAAGAAGGCUGGAAUAUUUUUGAUGGUUUAAUUGUGAGCCUUAGUUUAAUGGAACUUGGUUUGGCAAACGUGGAAGGAUUGUCAGUUCUCCGAUCAUUUCGACUGCUCAGAGUUUUCAAAUUGGCAAAAUCUUGGCCGACUCUGAACAUGCUGAUAAAGAUCAUUGGCAAUUCAGUGGGGGCUCUGGGUAACCUCACCUUGGUGUUGGCCAUCAUCGUCUUCAUUUUUGCCGUGGUCGGCAUGCAGCUCUUUGGUAAGAGCUACAAAGAAUGUGUCUGCAAGAUUUCCAAUGAUUGUGAACUCCCGCGCUGGCACAUGCAUGACUUCUUCCACUCCUUCCUGAUUGUGUUCCGAGUGCUGUGUGGAGAGUGGAUAGAGACCAUGUGGGACUGCAUGGAGGUCGCCGGUCAAACCAUGUGCCUUACUGUCUUCAUGAUGGUCAUGGUCAUUGGAAACCUGGUGGUUCUGAACCUCUUCCUGGCCUUACUCUUGAGUUCAUUCAGUUCUGACAAUCUUGCCGCCACUGAUGAUGAUAAUGAAAUGAAUAAUCUCCAGAUUGCUGUGGGAAGGAUGCAGAAAGGAAUUGAUUAUGUUAAAAGAAAAAUACGUGAAUUUAUUCAGAAAGCCUUUGUUAGAAAGCAGAAAGCUUUAGAUGAAAUUAAACCUCUUGAAGAUCUAAAUAACAAAAAAGACAGCUGUAUUUCCAACCAUACCACCAUAGAAAUAGGCAAAGACCUCAAUUAUCUCAAAGAUGGAAAUGGAACGACCAGUGGCAUAGGCAGCAGUGUAGAAAAAUAUGUUGUGGAUGAAAGUGAUUACAUGUCCUUUAUAAACAACCCCAGCCUCACUGUGACUGUACCAAUUGCUGUCGGAGAAUCUGACUUUGAAAAUUUAAAUACUGAAGAAUUCAGCAGCGAGUCAGAUAUGGAGGAAAGCAAAGAGAAGCUAAAUGCAACUAGUUCAUCUGAAGGCAGCACUGUUGACAUAGGAGCUCCCGCUGAGGGAGAACAACCUGAGGUUGAACCUGAAGAAUCUCUGGAACCUGAAGCCUGUUUUACGGAAGACUGUGUGCGGAAGUUUAAGUGUUGUCAGAUAAGCAUAGAAGAAGGCAAAGGGAAACUCUGGUGGAACUUGAGAAAAACUUGCUAUAAGAUAGUGGAGCAUAACUGGUUUGAAACCUUCAUUGUCUUCAUGAUUCUACUCAGCAGUGGGGCACUGGCCUUUGAAGAUAUAUAUAUUGAACAGCGAAAAACCAUUAAGACCAUGUUAGAAUAUGCUGACAAAGUUUUCACUUAUAUAUUCAUCCUGGAAAUGCUUCUCAAGUGGGUUGCAUACGGCUUUCAAGUGUAUUUUACCAAUGCCUGGUGCUGGCUAGAUUUCCUGAUUGUCGAUGUCUCAUUGGUUAGCUUAACUGCAAAUGCUUUGGGUUACUCAGAACUUGGUGCCAUCAAAUCCCUCAGAACACUAAGAGCUCUGAGGCCAUUGAGAGCCUUAUCCCGGUUUGAAGGAAUGAGGGUUGUUGUCAAUGCUCUUUUAGGAGCCAUUCCAUCCAUAAUGAAUGUACUUCUGGUUUGUCUGAUCUUUUGGUUAAUAUUCAGUAUCAUGGGAGUGAAUCUCUUUGCUGGCAAGUUUUAUCACUGUAUUAACUACACCACUGGAGAAAUGUUUGAUGUCAGCGUGGUCAACAACUACAGUGAGUGUAAGGCCCUCAUAGAGAGCAACCAAACUGCCCGGUGGAAGAACGUGAAAGUCAAUUUUGAUAAUGUGGGACUCGGGUAUCUUUCUCUACUUCAAGUAGCCACAUUUAAGGGAUGGAUGGAUAUCAUGUAUGCAGCUGUUGAUUCACGAAAUGUAGAAUUACAACCCAAGUAUGAAGACAAUCUGUACAUGUAUCUUUAUUUUGUCAUCUUUAUUAUUUUUGGUUCAUUCUUUACUCUGAAUCUUUUCAUUGGUGUCAUCAUAGAUAACUUCAACCAACAGAAAAAGAAGUUUGGAGGUCAAGACAUUUUUAUGACAGAAGAACAGAAGAAAUACUACAAUGCAAUGAAAAAACUGGGUUCAAAGAAACCACAAAAGCCCAUACCUCGACCUGCUAACAAAUUUCAAGGGAUGGUCUUUGAUUUUGUAACCAAACAAGUCUUUGAUAUCAGCAUCAUGAUCCUCAUCUGCCUCAACAUGGUCACCAUGAUGGUAGAAACUGAUGACCAGAGUCAAGAAAUGACAAACAUUCUGUACUGGAUUAAUCUGGUGUUUAUUGUUCUGUUCACUGGAGAAUGUGUGCUGAAACUAAUCUCUCUUCGUUAUUACUAUUUCACCAUUGGAUGGAAUAUUUUUGAUUUUGUGGUGGUCAUUCUCUCCAUUGUAGGUAUGUUUCUGGCUGAGCUGAUAGAGAAAUAUUUUGUGUCCCCUACCCUGUUCCGAGUGAUCCGUCUUGCCAGGAUUGGCCGAAUCCUGCGUCUGAUCAAAGGGGCCAAGGGGAUCCGCACGCUGCUCUUUGCUUUGAUGAUGUCCCUUCCUGCGUUGUUUAACAUCGGCCUCCUGCUCUUCCUGGUCAUGUUCAUCUACGCCAUCUUUGGGAUGUCCAACUUCGCCUAUGUUAAGAGGGAGGUUGGAAUUGAUGACAUGUUCAACUUCGAGACCUUUGGCAACAGCAUGAUCUGCCUGUUCCAGAUUACCACCUCUGCUGGCUGGGAUGGAUUGCUAGCACCUAUUCUUAAUAGUGGACCUCCAGACUGUGACCCUGAAAAAGAUCACCCUGGCAGCUCAGUUAAGGGAGAUUGUGGGAACCCAUCUGUGGGGAUCUUCUUUUUUGUCAGUUACAUCAUCAUAUCAUUUCUGGUCGUGGUGAACAUGUACAUCGCUGUCAUCCUGGAGAACUUCAGUGUUGCUACUGAAGAAAGUGCAGAGCCCCUGAGUGAGGAUGACUUUGAGAUGUUCUAUGAGGUUUGGGAGAAGUUUGAUCCUGAUGCCACCCAGUUCAUAGAGUUCUCCAAGCUCUCUGAUUUUGCGGCUGCCCUGGAUCCUCCUCUUCUCAUAGCAAAACCAAACAAAGUCCAGCUCAUUGCCAUGGAUCUGCCCAUGGUCAGUGGGGACAGGAUCCACUGCCUCGACAUUUUAUUUGCCUUCACAAAGCGUGUUUUGGGUGAGAGUGGAGAGAUGGAUGCCCUUCGAAUACAGAUGGAAGAGAGAUUCAUGGCAUCCAACCCCUCCAAAGUCUCCUAUGAGCCCAUUACAACCACUUUGAAACGCAAACAAGAGGAGGUGUCUGCUAUUGUUAUCCAGAGGGCUUAUAGACGCUACCUCUUGAAGCAAAAAGUUAAAAAAGUUUCAUGUAUAUAUAAGAAGGACAAAGGUAAAGAAGGUGAUGGAACACCCAUCAAAGAAGAUAUCCUCACUGAUAAACUAAAUGAGAAUUCAACUCCAGAGAAAACCGAUGUGACACCUUCUACCACGUCUCCACCUUCCUAUGACAGUGUGACCAAACCAGAAAAAGAAAAAUUUGAAAAAGACAAAUCAGAAAAGGAAGACAAAGGGAAAGAUAUCAGGGAAAGUAAAAAGUAAAAAGAAACAAAAAAUAUUCCAUUUUGUGAUCAAUUGUUUACAGCCUGUGAUGGUGAUGUGUUUGUGUCAACAGGACUCCCACAGGAGGUCAAUGCCAAACUGACUGUUUUUACAACUGUAUACUUAAGGUCAGUGCCUAUAACAAGACAGGGGCCUCUGGUCAGCAAACUGAGACUCAACAAACCAGAGAAACAACAUCGACAGGAGGUUUCUGUGUUCACAACCAGCUGACACUGCUGAAGAGCAGAGAGUAAUGGCUACUCAGACUCUAGGAACCAAUUUAAAGGGGGGAGGGAAGUUAAAUUUGUAUGUAAAUUCAACACGUGACACUUGAUAACAGUAAUUGUCACCACUGUUUAUGUUCUAACUGCCACACCUGCCAUAUUUUUAUGAAAUGUAUGCUGUGAAUUUAUCACUUUCUUUUUAAUUCACAGGUUGUUUACUAUUAUAUGUGACUAUUUUUGUAAAUGGGUUUAUGUUUGGGGAGAGGGAGUAAAGGUAAGAAAUUCUAUGUUUCUCUACUGUAUAACUGGAUAUAUUUUAAAUGAAGGCAUGCUGCACUUCUCAUUCUCACAUGAAAAGAAAUCACAUCACAAAAGGAAAGAGUUUACUUCUUGUGUCAGGAUGUUUUCAGAUUUUUGAGGUGCUUAAAUAGCUAUUCAUGUUUUUAAGGUGUCUCAUCCAGAAAAAUUUUACUGUGCCUGUAAAUGUUUCAUAGAAUUCACAAGCAUUAAAAAGUUGUUUUAUUUUUUCAUAAUCCAUUACAUGUACCUGUAUAUAUGUAUAUAUGUAUAUGUGCGUGUAUAUACAUAUAUAUGUAUACACACACCACACACACACACACACACGCGCACACACACACACACACACACACACACACACACACACACCAUUACAUAGUCAUUCAGAGUCCUGGCAGCAUGACUUCAACAUUUUUGAUAAGUGUCCUUUGGCAUAAAAUAAAAAAUAUCCUAUCAGUCCUUUCUAAAACCUGAAUUGACCAAAAAGCAUCCCCUCCCAUCACUUUAUAAAGUUGAUUCUGCUUUUUCCUGCAGUAUUGUUUAGCCAUCUUCUGCUCUUGGUAAGGUUGACAUAGUACAUGUCAAUUUAAAAAAUAAAAGUCUGCUUUGUAAAUAGUAAUUUUACCCAGUGGUGCAUGUUUGAGCAAACAAAAAUGAUGACUUAAGCACAGUAUUUAUUGCAUCAAAUAUGUACCACAGUAAGUAUAGUUUGCAAGCUUUCAACAGGUAAUAUGAUGUAAUUGGUUCCAUUAUAGUUUGAAGCUGUCACUGCUGCAUGUUUAUCUUGCCUCUGCUGCUGCAUCUUAUUCCUUCCACUGUUCAGAAGUCUAAUAUGGGAAGCCAUAUAUGUCAGUGGUAAAGUGAAGCAAAUUGCUCUAUCAAGACCUCAUUCUUCGUGUCAUUAAGCAAUAGGUUGCAGCAAACAAUAAAGAGCUUCUUGGUUUUUAUCCUUCCAAUCUUAAUUGAAUACUCUACGGUAAAAAGUCCGAUGUACAAACAUGUUGCAAGCUGCUUAAUUCUGUUGAAAAUAUAUGGUUAGAGUUUUCUAAGAAAAUAUAAAUACUGUACAAAGUUCAUUUUAUUUUAUUUUUCAGCUUUUGUACAUAAAAUGAGAUAUUAAAAGUAUCUUCAGGUUGAUGUCACAGUCACUACUGUUAGUUUCUGUUCCUAGCACUUUUAAAUUAAAGCACUUCACAAAAUAAGAAACAAAGACUAACAUGCAGUGUAGGUUCCUGCUUUUUUUUAUUAGUACAGUAAACUUUGCACACAUUUCAAUGUGAAACAAAUCUCAGACUGAGUCCAGCAUUUAUUUGCUUUCAAAUAGUGAUGCCUUAUUAUCAAAAGAGGCUUAAGGAACGAUCAGUUGAUAUUCUUGGCAUCGCUUGAAUCAGAUGUUUCCACCUAGUCUUUUUAUUCAGUAAAUCGUCAGUCUUUUCCAGUGUUUGUUCACACAGGUAGAUCUUAUUCUUACUGACCCAUGUGGCAUUAGAACUUUAUCAGAUAUGAUAUGAGGUCCAAGCUUUUCUUUUCAACAAAAAUUAUAUAAGUGAAAUUAUAUUACCAGUUACAGCAAAACACUUUGUGUUUCUUUCACAAGCAACAUUAAAUGUAGAUUCUUUACACUAAGGCUAUUGACUUGUAGUAUGUUGGUGAAAUGCAUGCAGGAAAAUGCUAUUACCAUAAAGAAGGGUAAACCACAUUACAAUCAAGCCAAAAGAAUAAAGUUUUUGCUUUUGUUUUUGUAUUUAA